CUAUCCCAACUUGCAAACAGGCGCCCGGCAAGAAGUACUGUGAGGUCUGGUGAAACGAUGGCGUCUAAACCACAGGGAACGUGCUUUAUUUCUGGCUUUAAUCAGUUGUCGAUUAGCGGCAGCUUUCGUUGAGUUAAUUGGGGAAGUCACAGUGUCGGAGAAUGCUAACCGGUUAGCCCGGCGUCGUUGCUAGCUGGCUAAGGAAGUUAGCCAGUUAGCUAGCAAGCCGCGUCAGCUUGCCGGAGGCUGUUCUCUUGUUUCGCGCAAUUCAAGCCUGUGGACGGAGCUUUGUAACUUUCAGACGAUCGCUGAAAGGAAAACCUUGGAUUGUGUCUUCACUAAUUUUUAAUGUGAUUCAGUGAAACUUCCAUCGUCUUGUUUAGAAAUGAGGAGUCAACACAGUUUCUCCUGAGCGGCUGGUUCUCUGCCAGCGCUGCUCUUUUGUUUUGACAAAGGAGAAGGAACUGAGUUUCUUUCCCACAUCAGGUGGGGGUAAAGUUUCUUUGGCCGCUUUUUUAUUUGUGUAUUUGUCGCGGCGAUGGCUCCACACAAGCAGAGCUCCUCAGGUGGGAGCCACCCGUUGGGCUGCGGUCCCGGAGGAAAAGCCAACGGGUUUCACCAGGCAUCGUCCUCCGCCUCCUCCUCCUCCUCCUCCUCCUCCGCGGUGGUCGCAGCCAAGAAGCCCAACAUGCAACAGAUUCAAGCCGACCACGAGUUGUUCCUGCAGGCCUUCGAGAAACCAACUCAGAUCUACAGGUUCCUCCGCACCAGGAACUUAAUCGCUCCCAUAUUCUUGCACAGGACUCUAACCUACAUGUCCCACAGAAACUCAAGGAAUAAUGGCAAAAGGAAAAGCUCCAAGGUGGACAAUCUGCUGUUUAAAGUGGAGAAGAUGAGGGGAGAGCUAGAGACUAACAGCUUGGCCUCUAACCUCCAGCUCACCUUCACUGGUUUCUUUCAUAAAGCUGGGAAACCAUCUCAGGACUGUGAGAAUGAGCAGAACUCUGUGUCGCUGGAGGUGCUGCUGGUCAAAGUUUGUCACAAGAAGAGGAAGGAUGUGAGCUGUCCAGUGAAGCAGGUCCCCACAGGGAAGAAGCAGGUUCCCCUGAACCCGGACACGGGCGCUGGAGUCCAGGCCAAGCCGAGCUCCUCCCCCUCCCUGCUGGUCCCCAGCAGCGAGUUUGAACCCAGCAACUCUCACAUGGUCAAGUCUUACUCGUUACUGUUCAGAGUGUCACGGCCCGGAUUCCCCCGAACACAAGUCAACGGCCUGACCAACGGAGAGAGUCACCACAACAGAGAUUUUACAGAGGAAGUGGUUAACAGGAAGAGGAGGAGCUCCUCUCUCAGGGAGGAGGGAGAAGCCACAUUUGUGGCUCAGAUGACCGUCUUUGAUAAAAACAGACGUCUGCAGUUGUUAGACGGAGAGUACGAGGUGUCGAUGCAGGAGAUGGAGGAGUGUCCUGUCAGUAAGAAGAGGGCAACCUGGGAAACCAUCCUGGAUGGAAAGCGUCUACCUCCAUUUGAGAGUUUUUCCCAGGGUCCCACGCUGCAGUUCACCCUGCGUUGGACCAGCGACUCCUCCGAUCGCUCUACUGCACCUGUGGCUAAACCUCUGGCCACCCGCAACUCUGAGACCAACCAGGACACCAGACCCAGCACGCUGAGAGCAACGCAGACACUGGCUCUAAAAGAAUCGAUCAACACUGAUGUACAAAGCAGAAGGGAACAAAUCUCAGCAGAGCCCAGACAGAAACUACGCAUCUUCUACCAGUUCCAGUACAACAACAACACUCAGCAGCAGACAGAGGCCAGAGACGACCUCCACUGUCCCUGGUGUACGCUCAACUGCAGGAAGCUCUACAGUCUGAUCAAACACCUCAAACUGUCCCACUCCCGCUUCAUCUUCAACUAUGUGCCACAUCCUAAAGGUGCAAAGAUUGAAGUCUCCAUCAACGAUGGUUAUGAUGGUUCCUACGCAGGAAAUCCUCAGGACAUCCACAACCAGCCAGGCUUUGCCUUCAGCAGGAAUGGCCCCGUCAAGAGGACCGUCGUCACCAACGUGGUCGUCUGCAGACCCAAGAGGAUGAAGCCAAGUCUGUCUGAGUUUCUGGAGUCGGAGGACGGCGAUCAAGAGCAGCAGAGGUCGCAUAUCAGCGGACACAACCGCCUCUACUUCCACAGUGACAGCUGUGUGCCUCUGCGGCCUGAGGAGAUGGAGGUGGACAGUGAGGACGAGAAGGACCCUGACUGGCUCAAAGAGAAAACCGUUAAGCAAAUCGACGAGUUCACAGACGUCAAUGAGGGCGAGAAGGAGAUCAUGAAGCUGUGGAACCUGUACGCCAUGAAGCGCGGCUUCAUCGCAGAUAACCAGAUGAACAAGGCUACUCUAGUGUUCGCCAAGCAACACGGCGCCCACAUCGUCAAACACAACCUCUCUCGCAACUUCCUGCUGCACCUGGUCAGCAUGCACGACUUCAACCUGGUCAGCACGCUGACCAUUGACCAGGCCAUGGCCGGACUCCGCCUCCUCCAGAGCCAGGCAACUCAGAGUGACAAAGACGAGGAGGAGGAGGAGGAAGAGGAGGACUGGGAGACAGCUGUGGAGUCCCAGCCAGAGCUGGAUCCUGAACCAGACCCAUCUGAGUAUAAACCCUGCAGUGACGAGAAGGGCAACCACGGGGGUCGGGGGAAGCAGGAGGAAGAGAAGCAGGAGGAAGAGGAGCAGGUGGACGAGGAGCAGGUGGAUGAGGAGCAGGAGCAGGAGGAAGAGAAGCAGAAGGACGAGGAGCAGGAGGAAGAGAAGCAGAAGGACGAGGAGCAGAAGGACGAGGAGCAGAAGGACAAGGAGCAGAAGGACGAGAAGCAGGGGGACGAGGAGCAGGAGGACGAGGAGCAGAUGGAAGAAGAGCAGUGACAGAGAGGAUGUGAUACAGAUCCAAAACAGGACAUGGAUUUGAAAAACUGAUGCUACAAACCAGAAUCAAGAAAAGGCGACGGACAGACAAACAAACAAACAAACAGGUGUUAAAACACUCAAUUCACUGCAGGGUUCGUAUUUUCAUCAGAAAUGAGACAAACUUUUUAUCACAAAAGUCGUUUGUUUUUCUCAGUUUUCACACAUUUAAACUGGAGAAAUGCUUCGAAGCUCAAUACUCAUGGAAGUGAAGAAUUCAGUCCACCAGGUAAACUAAUGAAUCAAGCUCAGCCUUGAGUCUUGAUUUGUAGCAAUAGAUUUAAUAGAAAUAAAGCACGUGGUGAUCUAGAUUUUUCUAAUUGUCGACAAAUGCCGCAACAAAUGCAAAACAACCAAGUGUUACUUCUCAACGCUUUCCAACUUCUCCCCCGUCUGUAGCUCUCAGCUCAAAACACACUGGUUUGUCCGUAGCACAAAUCUUAAAUUUCAAACAAAGCUGUUUUUUAACGGGAGGAAAUAGUGCAUUUGUUUAGGACUAUUUUCAGUGACGGAUUCAUAGAAGAUUUGUUGCUCUUUUGAGUAUUUGGGGCAGCAGGUCGAUGUGUGUGUGGGACUGAAACACACUAGUAUUUGACCCACACACUUGUUUGCAGGAGACAGUCAUUGUUUGUUUGGAUCAUUUAGGGAUUUGUUGACGAUAAGAAAAUGUAAGAAUGAGACGAGCCGACAAGUUUUUUCUGUUGGUAUAGUUUCUUUGUCAAUGUUCAAAACUAACUAUAAUUGAAAAGUGGAUGAUCUGAGGGUGAGAAGAGCCGAUCGCUGACCUUCCACAUCAUAAACUGUAAACAAAGAUGGACGGCGCGUCUCAACUUCCUCCUGUCAAACAAAAAUGAAGCUAAGAGAUCUUAGAUACUGAUGCCGCCAUCUUGUGCUGGUGACUUCAUUUGGAGCCAGAUCAGGAGUGAUCGUGGAGUGGAGCUCCCACGAUACACCCACCAAACCAAUCACCUCUUUUUCAUUUCAUCACUUGAAACCAAACUUAUCAGAAACAUGAACACUUGAACAAACGUCAGUGUGAUAAGAACUAGAUAAAAUGACAGAAACUUUGUUAAAUGUGUACUUCAUUUUUUUUUUUUUGUUUCCUUGUCCCAUCUGCUAAUAUGGAUAAGGCUGGAUUUAUGUACUAUACUGCAGCCAACCACAAGGGGGCAAGGAGACUCUUUGGCUUCACUUUCUGGAGCUUGUCAUGUUGUCCAUCUUGAUUUAUAGUCACACCUGCAGAACCCUGAAACAUCAACUGGAGAUGACAGGUUAUACUUCUCUUUUUUUUUUUUUAAACGAGUCAUUUCUCAACUGGGGUUUGGUUUAUUUUCCUCGAUGCAGCACCUGCCCACUUCACCUGUUAUGUACAUAAGACUUUGUGUAUCUAUAUGUAAUAAAUUAGCUUUUGAAUAUGGAUGUUCAGAAACCUGAACACCAUGCGGGAGUAUUUGUUAGCUUCUUAGUUUACAGACCAAAGGGGAUUAAUUUGCUACAGAUUUCCUCGUUCCUGUUUCGCGUCUCCUGUGAAAAUGAAAAACACGAUUUCUGCGAAGCAGACUCAGGCUGAAUCAUCCGACAGCAUGUCACUGCCUCAAAUGCUCUGACGGAACAAGCACCCGGUGCAAAUGCUGGUGCUGCCUUAUAGUUUUAAGUUUUACUGCUCAGUUUUGAUCGCAGUAUGAGCAUCCAGAUGUGACCAGCUGUUGGGAACUGGCACUAAUGCAGACAUUUUCAAGUUUGAUGGGAACAGUUGAUUUUAUGUGUAACUCUCAUGUUUCAGUGCCGCUCUUUAAAAGCUUUACAUCAGUCAGACGUCGGACGGUGACUGACCCAGCGAGCAGAAAACUGGUUUAAUACGUGACAGUUCUGAGUGUCGUUCUGAGCACUUUUUCUUUUAUCAGAGUUUGCUGUUCAUUUUAAAGUACGUUUUUUUGGGGUUGUUUUUUUCACAUGAGACCAGCAGCAUUUUGCACAGUACAAGAAGAGCCAUGUCAAGAAAACAAGACUUUUCUUCAACAAUAAUGUAAAACUAGCUGAGUCAAAAUGGUUGUUUAUUAAAAAGAACAAUUUUGUACAAUUUUCAGAAACAUGGUCCAUUUCUUUCAACAACCUCAUUUAUCACAUGUACAAAACACAUUUAGGCCAUUUACUGAAACUUGUACCAGAUUAUCUAACACAGUACUGACCUAUCAAAGCAGAAAUAUUAGAAUACCAAAAAUCACACGGAUUUGUCUUAACUUCUGUCAAAUUAAAGUUUUAUUUUGAAAAUCUGUUGGUAUUAUUUCUGCCUGGUCUCAUGGCAACAACAGUUCAUCGUGUGAGGAGCGUCCAACAAUGUUUAUCCUUAUUCCCUCUGCCAAGGAUGUAAUGUUUUUGCAUGUGAUUGUUUGAUUGCAUGAUUACACAAAAACUACUGGACAGAUUACCACAAAGCUUGGUGGAGGAAUGCGGUAGGGGUCGGGGAAGAACUUUGGUGUGGAUCCAGAUCAGGGGGUGGAUCCAGGAUUUUUCUACUUUAACGUUGUGUGAUUAACAUUUUUCACAGAUUUUUAUAGAAUAAUUAAUGGAUCUUGAUGAAAAAAACAGGCGUGUUUAGGGGGUAUUUAUGAGUGGGUUAAAUCUGGUGCAAUUUGAUAGAGGUAUGAGGUCUGAGUGAUAUUGUAGUUUCUAAUUUGUAUUCUUAUUCGCUCUUAUUUCAAAAAGGUAAUAAGUCAGACUGUGUCUCUCAGCGAUGAUCAUAUUAAGGUAAACAUUUCUCUGAUUGGCUCAGAGGUCAGGUGAGUCGCACUACUUUGUACCUGUGUGCAAGAAAAACUAAUGUGAGGCUGUGGGGGGGAAAUGAAGCUGUUGUCCCAGAUGAUAUGUCGUGUGCUAUGUGCAACUUUACCACUAGGGGUCGUUUUAAAACAAAAACUAAAUUCGGAGUUUGGCAGAAGCAGCGUGGGAUCAUGGGAGUUGUGUUCCCUGCGGUCAGCUCCUCCUGGUUUGGAUUGGGUCAGGGGGGUUUUAGCUGGAGCUGAAUUCUUCUCGGAUCUCUCCUCCUCCAUAAGACCCACAGAGCCGCGGAUCAAAUCCAGUCAAAACACCGACUGAACAAGUUUCACGUUAAAAAUCAAUGUUUCUCUGACCGAGUCUGGUUUUCGACCACAGCGCUGACGCAUGCGCCAUAGGGAGUAUAUUUAAAGACACUUUAUGUGCAGCUUCCGUGUCAAAAUGUCUAAAAAUAACCAGACUUGCUUUAUAAAUAUUUAACUCAGUUGUGUUCCUUCAUUUCCCCAAGUGUCUCCAGAGAUUUUCAAACCUGGAGAAAUCAGUAAGUUGUGUCCACUGUGGUGGUUCGUUUCAUCCGGUCGCCUGUGGAUGACGUCACAGCCCAAACACCGGAUGAGGCAGACUCUCGGAAGAAGAAGAUGUUGAAGUAGUUUGAAUUAUGAUGGUGGCUCUUUCUUCUUUUCACUUCAUUCUGUCGUGAUGGAUCAUCUCUACUCGCUCCCGUACGGCGCGCAGCCUCCCGCGGAUUCUGUGCCCGAGAUCACGCCCGAGGUGCAGCAACCAAACGGGGGAGAACUGCGCUUACUGCGCGACCGGAUGCAGGCGAAGACCAGGGUGAACAUCGGCUUCGCUUUCCCAAGAUGGAGGGCGCUCCGGACCAAGCUGGGGAUACGGAAAGACGCCGAACUGGCGUUGGUUCUACUGGACAGCCUCUCGAAGAAGAGAGUUCAGGAGGAGGCUGGUAUUGAUCCUCAAACCCCUGUUAUCAACUGUAAAGACUCAUGGGAAACGGCCAGUGAAGAAAGUGCAUCUGAUGAGGACUGUGUUGCAUCGAUUAGUCUGAGACUCUGCAGUCGCCCUGCAGAAGAUUCAGAUGGAAGAGGUGAAAGAACAGAAGAAGAAUGACGAAUCUGAAGAUAACGGAGCUCCCAAACUCCAGCAGAUCGACAGAGUGACUCUUAAAACACAAGGACCUUCCAGCCCGAGUGGAGGAACGAGCAGCCGAAGAAGAGGCAGUCCACCGCCUGGUCCACCAGCCAAUCAAACACCACCUCCCGGUUCCCUGAGCCAAUGGUCACCCUCAGCUUAAAGUUGCACCCUUCGCUCAGGUUAUUGUUGCUGAUUGGAAACAGGUUCACCACUUCCAUGUCAAAGGUCACAGCAGAGCCGGUGGUGAUGGCGGGCAGCUGGUUGGUCAUCUCUUUACCGUUUACAAAGACAGCACCUGAGCGGAGAAACAUCAACACCUGUUGCAGCACGCCAUGGGAGGAAACUGAAAUUUCAGACUUUUUUUUUGGUAACUUGAAAACAUUCUCUCUGAAAUGCGCUGAAAGAAAACAAGCCUAAAAAAGCAGAAUUAUUUGAAUUAUAAUUUAUACUUUUAAGCUCCAUGUGAGAUGAUCAGAAAUCUUUGAAAGUUUUGAAUGCAGAUAAACUUUGAUAUCGCACCAACAACAAAAAUGAUUUAACUGAUAUUUUCUACAGUUAUUCCUGCUUUUUGCAGUUUAAGCCACAGUGCAGCUACAUUUACUCUACGUUUGAGUAUAAUCUGUCACUGUUGCUAUGGUUACGCCUGCAGUCUAUCUUUAUAGAUAGAUGAAGAACUUAAGAGCAUGUGUGGACAGAGACUAAGUCCUAAAAUGAAAAAGUAAUAGUGUGGAUGUAUCCUUCAUCUCUUCAGUUGCAUCAAAUGCUUUACUGUCGUGAAAUGAACAAUAAAGUUGUUUUUUUUUAAA